UUUUACAAUAUUUCCAUCGUUUAGAAUAUUAUGAUAAUCGUGUUUCCAAUGAUCUUCAAAUUAAUGUCACAUGGAAUGUAAUCAUAAACUGCUUGCAUUCUUGGCAAUCGUUCUUACCGACAUCCCUCCUCCGCCAAAUCCUCUUCAAUCAUAUUCAAUUGUUUCCUUACUAUAUUUAAAGUUGAUUCAGUCUAUGUAAUACUUACGAAAAUGAUAAGUCAUACUUAUGAGACUUAAAUAAUUAUUCAUAGAAAUUGUCAAUGGUAAACAUACAUAUAUACACUCAUACAUAAACAUACAUAAUUACAAAUAAUUUAUUUUAAAACAGCUAAUGAAUAACACCUUUGCCAGUAUAUUUCCUCCGGUGACAACAAGUUUAAUAGCUAUCUCAGCGACUACAGUUUCAACUGCAACUCUUGGUGGUAAUAUUGUUGUAUUGAUUGCAUUUUUUGUUGAACGUUCAUUACGUGUACCAAGUAAUUAUUUUAUUGCAUCAUUAGCAAUGACAGAUGUAUUAAUUGGAUUAUUUUCAAUGAAUCUUUUUAUUACUUAUCAAUUAUUGGGUUAUUGGCCAUUGGGAUAUUUAAUAUGUGAUUUAUGGUUAUCAUUAGACUUUUCUGCAUGUCUUACAAGUCAGUAUACUGUAUUUUUAAUCACAUUGGAUCGUUUUUGUUCAGUUAAAAUACCUGCAAAGUACAGAAAUUGGAGAACAUUUAAUAAGGUACGCAUAAUGAUCUGUAUCAGUUGGAUAUUUCCUGCAGCUCUUUUCACACCAGUCAUCUUUGGUUGGUCACAUUUAACUGGUGAACCAAAGCGAGAUGUAUCUAAAUGUGAGGUCUCCUUCACUUAUUAUCCAAUAUUUAAUACAACCCUAACUCUAGGCUACUUUUGGAUAACACUAAUUGUAAUGUGCAGUCUUUAUGCGGGUAUAUAUAAGGUUGCACGUCGACUACAGAAAAAGUCAGUAGACAACAGUAGACGUAUGGUUCAGUUAUUAUCGAGAAUUGAUAAAAGAUUAUCAUCACAGACACCAAGUAAUCCAAAUUCACUUGAAAAUGAAAAUAAUACUCAUAAUCAAUUGAUAGAAGGUAUGAUCAAAUCUGAUACUUUAGAAAAAUGCACAAUAAAUAAACAUAAUGAAAACAAAUUUAUUACAAAUUCUAAAAGAAUAACACAAAAGUAUUGUUUUAAUGAAAGUAAGGAUGUAUUCAUUGGAUCCAGUGACUCUUUAGAUUGUAAUUUUAAAUCAACCGCUAAAAAUGAAGACAAUAAACCUGAACUAUAUACACUGACAUCAGUUAAUGAUGAAUAUCAAUGUACUUCACCAAAAGAAAUACGGAUAUUUGAUAGUGAUAUACAUGUAGACACUUUACAACAAGAAGAUAAACUUAAGCAUAACUUUCAAUAUAGAAAUUUAACUAUUAUUAACUGUUCAACUCCUACAAUACAACCUUUAAUUCAUACUAAUAAAAAUAAUAAUUAUGAAGAAGAUCAAAUCAAUUCAAAAUGUAUAUUACCAACAUUUAAAGAUAAACAUUUAGAGACUAAUAGAAAUGAAUCCUUAUCAUCAUAUUUUGAUGAAGAUUUUUCAUUACCUUCAAUUAAUUUUUAUGUACCAUCACCAAAAGUUUCUAUAUCUUCACCGAUUCAUAGUAAUGAAUCAAUUUCACCGAAAUAUACUAAUUCAGAAAAUAAUUCACCUAUAUGGAUAAAAAAAGCUGUUUGUUAUGAUUCUGGUUUAAAUCUAUGUGAAUGUGAUUUUUGCUUACAGUUAAUAAAUUAUCAAAUAUAUAAAAAUGAUGGAAAAUUUUAUGAAAAUGGUAUCUACUUGUCUGAUUCAACAUCUUGGGAACAAUGUAUACCACCAACAUGUUGUCCACUAGAUAAGUGUGAAUAUUCUGACUAUUCAACAUCAUUCGAAAAUACCAGCUCACUAUAUGAUAAUCAAUCAACUGGUGCUGAUUACUGGUGUAUACGUUUCGUAAACAGGCUGAGCAAAUCAAAUGAUAAACUCAUCAAAUCAAUAUGUAUAGGACUGAAUCGAGGUAAACAUUAUUCUCCUUCAUUGUGUAAAUCACCUCUACAUAAAAAUCAUCUUGUUGGAUUUCAAAGUAAUUACAACAACCAAGAAGUAUAUUCCUGUCAUCAUUAUAGUAAUAAUAUGAAAUUUAUUCAUCGGUAUCAGUUAGAUAAAAAAGAAACAGAAUCACAAACAACAGAAGAACAAACUAAAACUGAAUUAAAAUGUUCUUGUUGUAUUCUGCCGCCAAAAAAUAAAAAUAUCAAUUUAAACAAUCAUCAUCUUCAAGGUCAGUUGAGCGGAACAAACAGUGAUAAUAGUUAUACUAAUGUAAAAAGUAAUCAACAAAAUGUGAAACCUACAAAAUUAUCUUUAAAAUCUAAACGUAAACAACAAACGCGUCUUUCAGUAUUUCAAUCUUUAUCAAAUAUUGAUAUGCAAAAUCGUAAACAUGCACGUAAAGCAUUGAAGACAAUAAGUUUUAUUUUAGGCGCAUUCAUGAUAUGCUGGACACCAUAUCAUAUUAUUGUUUUAAUAAAAGGGUUCUGUGAUAAUAUCACUACGCAUACAAGCUGUGUUAAUAUACAUUUAUACAAUCUAUCCUAUUGGUUAUGCUAUAUGAAUUCACCUAUUAAUCCAUUCUGUUAUGCUUUAUCAAAUAUAUCAUUUAGGCGGACAUUUUUUCGAAUAUUACGAUGUGAUUUCCAAAAACGGUGAGUGUUCACCUACAGUUUCUUAUUGUUUUAUUUAUUAUUAUUGCCUACAGAUGACUAUUCUAUAUAUAUAUUGUACAUUUAACACUCAUGUAAAUGUCGUUUUUGUUUUACUACAAUAAUAAUUGUUUUCCGCUCCCUAAUUGAGUAUUCUGUUUGUAUAUUCAAAAAAGACAUGGUAUGC